CCGUGCUCGGCCGCGGCCAUGGCGGAGCCCACGGUGUGCUCCUUCCUCACCAAGGUGCUGUGCGCCAACGGCGGCCGCAUGUUCCUGCAGGACCUGCGCGGCAACGUGGAGCUGUCGGAGGCCCGGCUCCGGGACGUGCUGCGCCAAGCCGGGCCCGACCGCUUCCUGCUGCAGGAGGUGGAGACGAGGGAGGGCCUCUGGGACGCCGAGGCCGAGGUGGCGGCCGGCGCGGGCGGCGGCGGCGGCGGCGGCGGCCCCUGCGCCUGGCGGGUGGUGGCCGUGUCCUCCGCGCGCCUCUGCGCCCGCUACCAGCGCGGCGACUGCCAGGCCUGCGACCAGCUGCACCUCUGCCGCCGCCACAUGCUGGGCAAGUGUCCGAACCGCGACUGCUGGUCAACCUGCACCCUUUCCCAUGACAUCCACACACCUGUCAACAUCCAAGUACUGAAAAACCAUGGGCUUUUUGGCCUCAAUGAGGCCCAGCUUCGGAUCCUGCUUUUACAGAAUGACCCGUGCCUUUUACCAGAGGUCUGUUUGCUGUACAACAAAGGUGAAGCACUAUAUGGCUACUGCAACCUCAAGGAUAAAUGCAACAAGUUCCAUGUGUGCAAAUCCUUUGUCAGAGGGGAAUGCAGGCUUCAGAAAUGCAAACGGUCCCAUCAGCUCAUUCAUGCUACAGCCUUGAAGCUGCUGCAGGACCAAGGACUGAAUAUUCCAAGUGUCGUUAAUUUUCAGAUCAUCUCUACCUACAAGCACAUGAAGCUGCACAAGAUGCUCGAAAAUCAAGAUAAUUCAGCUUCUGCUCAGUGUUCCCAGGGCCCCGAGAAACCAGGAGUACACGUGGCUGGUGCUGCCGAGGCCAGUCCUGUGGCUUCCAUGCCUGCUCAGUCAGCCAAGAAGCCACACGCAGCUAAACCGUAAAGGACGUCCAUGAAAUAAGAUGCUUGUCCAGUUGGAACGUCCGAAAACAAAGCUUCUGUUGAGCUUUAUUUGUAAGUUCCUUCAUGUAAUCACUUAUCAGUAGCGGUCAUAGUAAUACCUACCUCACACAUUGUUGUAAAAAUUAAAGAAGACAGAGAAGGGGAGCACAUCAGGUUGGGAGGAUAACAUUGGGGAUGGGUGGUUGGGGAUGUGGUGGGACAUUGAGCAGGCAGAGAGGGGAGAGCGUGAGUAUGGUUGGGGUCAGUCCAGGGCAAACUCUGAAGAUGGCGGGUUCUGCCUGUAAUCCCUGACCUCUCCCCCAGGCUGACGG